UCGCAAAUUACGAGCAGACGGCGAACGCCUCACAGCAGCAGUUGACUUGAAGGGAUGGAACUGCGACGCUGGUGUUGUUUUUCUUCUUCUUCGUCUUCUUCUUCUUCGUCUUCCUCCUCGCCACAUAUUCACAAGAGCCGAGACAACAGCAGCAACCGAGUCGUAUCUUGUUCUCGGGAAAGCUCAAUGGAGGGAAUGACUCAAGACUGACAUCUUCCACCCCCGAGCCCCCCACUCACACGCCAAGGAUUUCGGCUGCAUCUAAAAAGCAAGGUGUGGAGCCAAAUACCAAAGGAAUUCAACUCGGACCCAAAUCAGUAAAAGAGAUGACCCUCGUCUUGUCCAUGAAUCCCUUUUUGGAGUCAGAGGGAGAAACUCCCCUCCCAACGUACCAACCAAUAUGGAAAACGGAGCGCGACAGUAAGACGUGCCUGUCAAACACCACCUCACCAGGCCAAACGGAACACCAAUUGAAACAGGAACCUUUUCGACGACUUCCUGACCAUGUGUCAAUGUCCAGAAUUGCAUACUUCAAGAGGAAAUUUGUUGAUGAUGAUGAAGCUUCAUUCAGUUUCAGGACAUACUGCCAGACUGUGGCACCCGUUUUGGAGGAACGGGCCCAUGUGCUGCGUCUCUCUCUGGAGAAGAUGCGAUUCAUUGAUGACCCUGAGGCUUUCCUGCGACGCUCCGUCCUUGUCAACAAUCUCCUCCGACGUAUACGAGCUGACAUCUUGCUUCAGAGCACUGAAUGGUGCAUCUCUCCCAACCCAUUUUUUACCACUGUCUUACCCCCACCAUCAAACCCCACACAGCAGACACUCAACAGGUCCGUCCCCACACCCAUCUGCUUUGCACCUCAAGCCGGACCGCCCUUCCGAAAGCGGUUCCGAAUGGUCCGUGCAGGACAAGGGGACCUCCGUAAUGACUGUGCCCAGACAUGUUGCUGUAUCUAUGCUGCGGCGGCAGCCGCAGGACAGUACCUUAACCUCCCAUUCUCCAUGUACGAUGCAGAACUCUCUACACCACACUCGUCCUCCUUCUUUCAAAUAGCUAGCCAUCGUAAGUUAGGACUGACUGUCAUAGACGGGCAUGAUGAUGAGGAUGCAGAGGAGGAGGAUGAAAUUGAGGAAGAGGAGGAGGAGGAAGAAGUUGGUGAAAGAAGACUAGCAGGACCAUCUACUGAUUUGGUUAAAGAUACAUCAAGGCAGAAAAGUAGCAUGAGGACCAUGCAGGGUCAUGCACACACAAGGACAGAGGCAGAGAUUACUGCUAGCUUCGAAGUGCAAGUGGAGGAUGAGCUACAAGAGGAAGCACCCGGUAUCCGACCUUGUGAGUGGGACUCUGAUGCAGGAGGCGCACUUCUCAAGGUUCACUGCUGGCAGCGUCAGCGUUUCAAAGACAAUGAGAAUUUGCUUACAUAAAAAUAAUGGAGAAUAUAAGGGUCAUUUUUGUUAUAAUUUAAUCACUAACAGUAAAGACACUAACUUAAACAUUUUGAUUUAAUUUUAUUCAUUCUCUUCCGCUUUUCCGAGGUCCGGUCAUGGGAGCGGCAGCUUAAGCAGGGAAGCUCAGACUUCCCUCCCUUAAAGCCACUCCGUCCAGCUGUUCCGGGGGAUCCCAAGGUGUUCCAAGGCCAGCUUGGAGACAUCUGGAGUCUCUCCAGCAUGUCCUGGGUCAUCCCAUGGACCUCCUACUGGUGGGCCAUGCACGGAACACCUCACCAGGGAGCCGUCUAGGAGGCAUCCUUACCAAAUGCCUGAGACACCUCAUCAUGCUCCUCUCAAUGCGGAUGAGGAGCGGCUCGAUUCUGAUUCCUUCCCAGAUGUACAAGCCUCUCAACCUAGCUCUAAGGGAGAGCCCGGAUAUCCUGCGGAGGAAACUCAUUUUGGUUGCAUGUAUCUGCCAUCUUGCUCUUUUGGUCACGACCCACAGCUCGUGACUAUAGGUGAGGGUAGGAGUGAGAGAGCUUAGCCUUCCAGCUGAGCUCCUUCUUCACCACGACGGAUCGAUACAGAGUCCGGAUCACUGCAGAGGCUGUUCCGAUCCGCUUGUGAAUCUCACUCUCGAGUCUACCCUCACUCAUGAAGACUCAGAGAUACUUGAACUCCUCCACUUGGGGCAGGAACUCAUUCCCGACUCAGAGAGGCCACUCCACCCUUUCCCGAGUGAGGUCUAUGGUCUCAGAUUUAGAGGUGCUGAUUCUCAUCCCAACUGCUUCACACUCGGCUGCAAAUCGCUCUGGUGAGAUUUGAAGAUCGCGGCUUGAAGAAGCCAUAUGAACCACAGCAUCUGCAAAAAGCUAAUGUGUAAUACGAGCCUUGGCUGCGCCUACCCAUUCUGUCCAUAAAAGUUAUGAACAGAAUCGGUAACAAAGGACAGCCUUGACAGAGUCCAACCCUCACUGGAAACGAAUCUGACUUACUGCCGGCAAUGUGAACCAAAAUCUGACACCGGUCGUACAGAGACCAAACAGCCCGUAUCUGGGGCUCUGAUAGCCCAUAUUCCCGGAGCACCAUCCACAGGGCAGCCCAAGCGACAUGGUCAAAUGCCUUCUUCAAAGUCUACAAAGCACAUGUAGACUGGUUGGGCACACUCCCAUGCACUCACGAUGACCCUGCCAAGGGUGUAGAGCUGGUCCACUGUUCCACGGCCAGGACGAAAACCACACUGCUCCUCCUGAAUCGGAGAUACGACUUCCAGACUGACUCUCCUCUCUAGCACCCCCAAAUAGGCGUUAUCUGGGAGACUGAGGCGUGUGAUCCUCCUAUAGUUGGAACACACACUCAGGUUACCCUUCUUAGAAAAGGGGACCACCGCCCUGGUCUGUCAAUCCAGAGGCACUGUCCCCCAUGUCCAUGCGAUGUUGCAGAGGCUUGUCAAACCAGGACAGCCCCACAACAUCCAGAGCUCCCCCGGGGCCUUGGCAACCAAGAAAUGUUUAACCAUCCAGACUCUGCUUCCUCAUACGAAGGCGUGUCAGUGGAAUUGAAGUCUUUGAAGUAUUCGACCCGAGUUGAGGUCAGCAGCGCCCCAUCCCCACUAUACACUGUGUUACCCCUCCAGAGACACCAGAUGGUGGACCAGAAUUCCUUCAAAGCCGUCUGGAAGUCAUUCUCCACGGCCUCAUCAAACUCCACCCACGCCCGACUUUUUGCCUCAGCGACCGUAUUCUGCUUGGCCUCCCAGUACCCAUUAGCUGCCUCUGCCAAAAAGGUCCAAUAGGACACUUUCUUCAGCUUGACAGCAUCUCUUACCGCUGGUGUCCUGGUUCGGGGAUUGCUGCCAUGACAGGCACUGACCACCUUACGGCCACAACUUCGGUCGGCCACAUCAACAAUGGAAGCCCGGAACAUGGUCCACUCUGACUCAAUGUCACCUGCCUCCUCCGGGCGAAGUUCUGCCGGAGGCGGGAGUUGAAACAUUUCUAACAGGGGACUAUGCUAGAGGUUCCCAGCAGACCCUCACAAUGCGGUUGGGUCUGCCAGGUUUCAGUUUAUUUUUGAAAGGGGACAAUGCAAUUUCAUAAAACACAUGAAGUACACAUGGUUUAAAAAGCCAGAAUUAGCCAGAAAGCUAGGUCGGACCAUGGUAGCGGACCACUCCGCCAUGGUGGCGGCCACGCCACUCUCUUCACCCGAGUGUCCAAGAUAUGCGGCCGCAAGUCCGAUGACACAACCACAAAGUCGAUCAUCGAACUGCAGCCAUGGGUAUCCUGGUGCCAAGUGCACAUGUGGACACCCUUAUGUCCGAACAUAGUGUUCGUUAUGGGCAAUCUAUGACGAGCACAGAAGUCCAAUAACAGAACACCGCUUGGGUUCUGAUCGGGGGAGCCAGGUCUCACUGUCAUUGCCCACGUAAGCGUUAAAGUCCCCCAGAAGAACGAGGGUGCCCCCAGUGGGAGAGCUUUCCAGUAGCCGCUCCAAAGACUCCAAAAAGGGUGUGUACUCUGAGCAGCUGUUAGGUGCAUCGGCACAAACAACAGUAAGGACCCAUCCUCAACGAGGCUACCCUCUCGUCCACCGGGGUAAACCCCAAUGUACAGGCACCAAGCUGUGGCGCAGUAAGUAUACCCAGCUCUCUGCGCGCCCAAUCCCCUGAGCCUCCUCCCACAGGUGGUGAGCACAUGGGAAGGGGGACCCACAUUGUUUCUUCGGGCUAUGCCCAACCGGGUAACAUGGGUGCUCAAGGUGCUCACAAACAAGCCCCACCUCAUGACCUGGCUCCAAAGGGGGGCCCCGUUGACCCGCGUCCAGGCGAGAGAAAACGUCUUCCAAUGUUUGGAAUCAUCUGAGGGGAUCUUUGAGUCUUGCUUUGUCUCGUUCCUCACCUCGGACCUGUUUGUCAUGGGUGACCCUGCAAAGCGCAUAAAGCCCCAGACAACUUAGCUCCUAGGAUCAUUGGGACAGACAAACCCCUCCACCACGAUAUGGUGAUGGCUCAGGGAGGGACGUCUUGGUUUUGUAUGGGUUAAUGUGUCCCAUGUUGAAACAGCCACACUUAAAAUCCUAUUUUCAAAAGCUUAUUGAUGAUUUAAAAUUGUAGGUGUUCAUAAAGGCAAUCCUUAUUGACAGAACAAAUGUUGGUGGUCCAUUGAAAUACACUUAGUUUUAUCAAAGACAAGCAGCUUCAUAAAAAUUGUGUGAUUUUCACAAUUUACAUGUGUUGCCCUUCAAACUCUGCUGGUCCAAGUGUAUACAUGAUCCGAACUACUCAUUAAACCUAUAACACUCGUCUUCAUACAAUCGUAAUAACGGUGAAGACGUAAUUCAUACAUAUUCAUAUCCAAGAAGUAACACCAUUGAUUUUGCUGUCUGCUAUUGUGUGAAUGCAAAAUGCCUACCUUAUCCUGGCACUUCUGCCGACAUUACCAUCUGAUUUAUUGCAACAACAUAAUGAGGCUCUGCCCAGUGGCGUUAAUGGUAAAGUAAAUUUUAGUAACAAAAAAGGAUGGUUUGUAAAAGAACCACAAAAAGGAACUCAGAAGACACUAAGAUGCAUGUGUGUUAGUUGUUAUGGAAAACAAAUAUCAGACACCGAACGGUUUAGACAUUUUGGCAUUAAAAGUUUGAAAAAUAUUACUUUUGAAAUAUUUUUUUUUUCUUAGAAACAAUUAUGAUCCUUUUAUGGAUAAAAACUGCCCUAAAUUCAAAUACGGUACUCAGAUCAGUAAAAUUAAUUGAUUUUCAAAAGGAAAUUGAAUAGGCCAUGUCUUUACUGUUUAUGAUCAAAUUAUAUGAAAAUGACACAUAAAUGCAGAAAUGAUCAACAGUUUUUAACUGAACUUUAGCUGUAAUUCCAAGCUAACUUAAUUUUAACGAUAAAAGAAAGAUCAAAGUAAAGGAAGAACCACAAAACAUUAGGCCUCAACCUUUCUCCAAAAACUGUGAUGUAAGGGUAAAUAUUGUAAGUGAUCUCCAAGACUCCCAAGACUAUUUUCAAAUUCCAUAGCAUUGAUCCAAUGGUCUUAUUUCAGGACCCUAAACAAGAGUUUGUUUAUGAUUGUGUUCAGAAUAUAAUGUAGAAUUCCAAAACGUGACCUUUUUUUUUUUUUUUUUGAAUUAAUUUUGAUUACAUAAAAUUAUGUAUUGUUACUUUGACCUGGAAGGGAGACACCGUGUAUUAUAGAGACAACAAUCAUAAGCUUUGGCAAUGGUAAAACACAAAUGUGAAGUGCCUUAGAGUUUUUACAGUUCAUGUAUUUUGUGUGUUCAUGUUAUUGUUCCUAAAAGACUUGACACUGGCAUUUUGUUGAAUGCUGUGACCUUUUUUCAAAUGUGAGUAAAACUCUCACUUAAAUAUACACUCAAAAUGUUGUUUUUUUGUUGUUGGUUUUUUUUGUAUUAUUAUUAUUUUUUGUAUUAUUAUUUAGAAUGCAUGUUGUGGAUAACUCAGCACUGACCAUACACAAACUUGAGCCAACUUUGAAGAAAACAUUUGUUGGGAAAACUAAAGCCUACAUUGUAACCAUUUAUUAAAGAAGUUUGACCUGUA